GCCUUGGCUGCCGCCAAAGCCUCCCCAUCCUGGCCCUCGGGGUACAACUUGCACGUGAAGAACGGCUACAUGGCCGUGCCUCACUGCCCGGCUUCCAGCCAGGGAGCGGUGCUCACGAGCCUGCGGUCCUCCCUGCACAGAGUGCGCUGCCUCUCCGCUUGGGGAGUGCCGGCUGUAGGUCUGAGGCCGGAUUUCCAAGAUUUCUCCACGGCUUCACACAAGGUUCACAUGGUCUAUGCCUCUGCCAUUCCAGUCAAGGCAUACUUGAACGCCGGGAAUCUGGACGUGGGCUUUCAGGAGGAGAUAAGUCGCUUCAUCAUCAUCAGCCAGUACUUCGGUGCUCUCCGCAUGGCUGCGGCAGCAGCCAAGCCACCAGCUAAACAGCGCGUGGUGCUGAUGCCUUUGGGAGGCGGCGUGUUCAACAAUCGCAGCGAGGUGAUUGCUGGAGCCUUGGUCACUGCCCUGGAGGUCCUUGCUGACCAAGGCGUGGAUGUCUACUCCAGGCUGGACGUCCGCCUCUUGGCUUUCCGUGGCAGCGCUGGAGAGCAGGAGCGCAUGGCCAAGCUCUUCGGCAGCCUCGCUGCACCCGGGCCAGCCGGGCCG